GAUACAAAUCUAAAUUAUCAACAAAGUAAGAAUACAAACUACACAGCAGCAUUAAAAUAAAUAAAAAAGGAACAAUGUUGUGACGUGAUUUAGUAGCAGGAGAUGUACACGAUACACACAAACAUGGAUAAAUUAUAAUAUCAAGUAAUAAUAUCAUAAUAACUAAUUAUUUAAUAAAUAACAGAUACUAUACGAAGGUACGAAGAUAAAAUAAGUUGACUAAAUGUUUUAUUUUUUACGGAAGUGUGACGUGUCUGAUGUUGAAAAGAAAAACUCGGGGGGGCGGUGACUCGGGUCGUGACGUCACCAGCAGCCGGACACACACAGCCGAGCUCGCAGCCAGCCAUGGAGGAAGUGAGAGUGUUCCCACUGACCUGUGCCGUGCAAAACUAUGCGUGGGGGAAGGUCGGCAUGGACAGCGAGGUGGCCAGACUGGUGGUCGGUGGAGACCCAGUGGCUGUGGUGGAGGAGGGCAUGCCCUACGCGGAGCUGUGGAUGGGCGCCCACCCAAAAGGCGACGCCCAGAUCAAAGACAACCGCAUCGCACAGACCACGCUGGGCGAGUGGAUCGCCCACUUCCCCGGCUGCCUGGGCUCCAAGGUCAAAGACACCUUCCAGGGUCAGCUGCCCUUCCUCUUCAAGGUGCUGUCGGUCAACACCGCCUUGUCCAUACAGGCCCACCCCAACCGAGAGCUGGCUGCUCGCCUCCACGACCAAUUUCCGGAGCACUACCCAGACGACAACCACAAGCCGGAGAUGGCCAUCGCUCUCACCCGCUUCCAGGGCCUCUGCGGCUUCAGACCCGUGGAGGAGAUCCUGGGCUUCCUUGAAACUGUGCCGGAGUUCCGCGCUCUGGUGGGAAACGAGGCGGCGGAGGAGCUGCGCCGCGGCGGCGGAGGAGGAGACGCGGCUCGCGCCGCCCAGGCGCUGAAGAAGUGCUUCACCAGGAUGAUGAACUGCGAGAAGAAGGUGUUCGUGGACCAGCUCAACAUGCUGGUGAAGAGGGUCAGCGAGGAGGGCGCAGCCGGGAAGGACACGGCGAGCAGCCACGGCGACCUGCUGCUCCGCCUCCACUCCCAGUACCCCGGAGACAUCGGCUGCUUCGCCAUCUUCUUCCUCAACCACAUGGUCCUGGAGCCGGGACAGGCCAUGUUCCUGGGGGCCAACGAGCCGCACGCUUACCUUCACGGAGACUGCAUCGAGUGCAUGGCGUGCUCCGACAACACGGUGCGGGCCGGCCUCACGCCCAAGUACAUCGACGUGAACACGCUGUGCGACAUGCUGAACUACAGCCCGGCCCCCGCCGCCUCCAAAAUCUUCCCGUGCGUGCAGGACGCUUCGGACCCCUGCGUGUCGCUGUACGACCCCCCGGUGCCGGACUUCGCCGUCAUGAGGAUUCAGGUCCCGGCCUCGGUGAAGCAGUACACCGUCGCCGCGGUGGACAGCGCCAGCAUCCUCCUGGUCACCGAGGGCGACGCCACGGCGACCUCCGCCGCCGCCCACUCCGACAUCCCGCUGGGGCGGGGCAGCGUGCUGUUCGUCUCGGCCAACGAGAGCGUCUCCCUGCACGCCGCCUCCAAGUCGGGGAUGACCAUGUUCCGAGCCUGCUGCCUUCUGUAGCCCCCCCGCCCCCUCCCUCCCCAAGCAGCUUUCCUAAGCUUUUAAUCCAGCAGUUUUCCACUGGUGAUUUUAACAGUUUUUUACCUGCAGUGGUGUGCAGUGAGCAGGGAAUGCUGGAGCGAGGCCACGAGGCCACGAGGUCUGCAUGUGUGAGUCAGAGCGGUGAGCCGAAGCCCCGUUGCUAGCGGUUACCAGCGCAUGUGGGAACUUUACAGUCAGUUACGACAAGCAGAGUCAGGAAUGCUGACUGACUGGUUCUAACUUUUUAGACUUCGAAGCAAGGAACCAACGUCUGUGUUCCAGCGUAUUUUAAAUAUUUUAGACUUUGCAUGUUUAGUUUGUUCUGAUUCAUCGAUACGUGACGUUAAUAAAGAAGACAACUAGAAUUGUCACUAGAUCAUUUCAGCAUGGUGCCAAUAAUCCAGUCGGUUUCAGGGUCAAUAUGAAUUCAGUCAAUCUUGAGGGAAAUUUUCUUCUUGGUAUUAUUAAAAAGAAUAGUGUGUGUGUGUGCGCUUAUUGUUUUCUAGGUUAUCUUUAAAUACUGCUUGCUUUCCAGUGAGUAGAUGUGAAUGGAUGAAUGCUUCUACUGCAUGACCUCGUUUGUUGUUGCUGAAACUGUUAAAAAGUGAAAGUUCAUUAAAUGAGUUAAGCUUACAGUUUAAGUAAUCGAAUCCCAAUUACCUCAAAUUCAUCCUCCCGACUACCUGAAAUUGUAGAACAUUCAUUCAUUUUGUUCAAUAAAGACUUGUUCCUUUA